UGCCAUAUUUUGACGCGCCCCGUCACCCGUCACAUGACUCGCCGGCCGGCUAUACCUUCUCUCGACUCGACUCAGAGCGGCCGCGAACCUCUCACGGCUACAACGUCUACGUCACGCAUACCUACAUGCAGUUAAACACGAUAGCGUCAUUAACUCUACGUGUUGUUUCGUCAAAAAUGGAUUGCGAAGACUUCACUUAAAUAAGUGACCAGUGAUAAUACCAAUGAGAACGGAUUACGAUGUGAAAAUAAUAUUAUUAUCAAUCUAUUUUGAGUGUUAAGUGCUAAUACGUGAUCUCUUGUUUUUGUUGUGAGACUAAGUGAAUAUGGAGACACGAAAUUAUUGGGAGGAAAACGGGCAUGCCGUCAAGUAUGACAACUACAACUCUAACGACGGUUUCGGCCGUGCUGUUGGCGAGCUCAACUUCGCCGCUCCAUCUGAGGACGAGGCCGAAUUCCCGACUGGCGCCUACCUCAAGAAGGGGAAGGUCUCGAGGCAAGACCCAAUGUCUCACCGGAUAAUCGAGAAGCGGCGCCGCGACCGCAUGAACAACUGCCUCGCGGAUCUCUCGCGCCUAAUUCCGCCCGAGUACCUCAAGAAGGGCCGCGGGCGUGUUGAAAAGACCGAGAUCAUCGAGAUGGCCAUCCGCCACCUCAAGUAUUUGCAGGAACGAGUCAACGGUUUGUACAAUGGAACAAACAGACAAUAUGCUACCGAGAGGCAAGGUGAAGAGUAUCACGCUGGGUACCAAGAAGCCGUGACGGAGGCCGUGCGAUACCUGGUGGAAGUGCAAGGAUACGGACCUGGAGACGCCCUUAGCGCGCAGCUAGCUGCGCAUCUGCAUAGACAUCGCGAACAUAUUAUCAAAGGCGUACCAACGGACUUAGCCCGAGAAAAGGUGCGUUCACAACCCGGCUCAUCUUCCGAAACAGCCUCAUCUUCAAGCAGCUCCCACGGAUACGUGGUGAAGGGGGGCGGGGUGAUAACGCAAGCGCCACCACCCCCCGCACCCUCUUUCCCGGCCGAGGUAUACGAGCAAGAGCUGGCACCAGAACAACAUUACCAGCCUAUGGAUUGCGACAGAAUAUCAAUAAGCCAGCCUUCAACUGCCCCGGAAUCGGAUCUGUGCGAAGAGCCCCUACCCCUGGACGGGCGUCGAAAGUACGAACCGUCAGUCGCGCUGCGGGCCGUCCGUAAGCUAGAUCACGACGACUACCUGCAAUCAUACAAAUUCAAAAACUCCAUUGAGCGUCGGUUCUCCCGCUCACAAGAUACUGAGGUGACGGAAUCGGGCCGCGUUGCCUCGCACUGCAAGGUGUACAACCACAAGCGACGAAGGGCUGCUAAACCUGCACCUUCGACGUCCACGUCGAACUCCGGAUCUACUGAAGAUGCGAGAGACACUUCGCCACAGAUGCCCGCGCGGUACACCUCGCGGCCCCACUUCACCCCGUCACUAUACACGUGA